AGCCGCCUACCCGGCUAAAUGGUCACCACCCUCCAUGGUCUUUCUUGUUGGACUCCCACCGUUUCGUCCCUUUCUUUUUCCUACUGAAAACGGAAUAGAGAAAAUCUUUCUUCAUCUGCUUCCCGAGCUCCUCCUCGUCAACGUCGUCGGCGGAGCCGGAGCCUUACCCGGCACCAGAGAUUCGUUACUCGGGCCAUUUCCCCGUCCAUGUAGAUCACUCCGUCGCGCCGAGUUAUUAUUGCCUACAUGCUUUGCUAGGUUUUGAUUUUGGAUGGGAACCUCAUCAGGCGCAAAUUUCCAUCAACAGCUUCCACAGGGGAUGCCGCCCCCACGGCACAACAGGGGCACCCCAAACCUGCAGACUUCCCUCUCUUUGGCCUCGUCAGACCAAGUUGGUACGCCAGAUAUCCAGGAGCGUGCGUCAAAUUCUGACCCGGGUCAUGACUCUGCCACUGAGAGUGCCAGUUCAAGGGAGACCUGGCCUGUAGAGCCAAACAAAAGCAGUGGUGGUGGUGCUGCGACCACUAUUAGAAUAGUGGAUAAAGAUAAGGAGGUAGCCACCAAAGGUGUUGCUGAACGGCAAGUCAUUCGUAGUACCGGUAGAGUGACUCUCCGGGAGGUUGCUCGGGAAAGGGUUGAUCUAGUCGCUGAGAAAAUGAAGGUUAUGCUAGAUGAGGUGUUGGAUGAAAUCAAGAGUGAACUUCGGUCAAUUCUUGAAGGAACUGAGGGUUCUCAUCAUGUUGAGGAGUUCUUGUACCUGCAGAAGCUCGUCCAGAAUAGGGUGGAUUUGACACCAACUACACUUUUGAUGGCACACCAUGUUCAGCUGGAGAUUCUUGUUGCCAUCAAGACUGGAAUCCAGGCAUUUUUGCAUCCAAGUCUUAAUCUACCCCUGAGUCAUCUUGCUGAGGUUUACUUGUACAAGAGAUGCCGGAACAUCGCCUGUAAGAGUGCUCUCCCUGCCGAAGAGUGUAGGUGCAAUAUAUGUAGCAACAGGAAUGGCUUUUGCAACCUUUGCAUGUGUGUGAUCUGCAAUAAGUUUGACUUUGAAGUCAAUACAUGCCGCUGGAUUGGGUGUGAUGUCUGCUCUCACUGGACUCACACUGAUUGUGCAAUCCGUGAUGAGCAGAUUGGGUCCGGACAGAAAAUUAAUAACGGAAUUGCCCAUCCAGAGAUGCUUUUUCGGUGCCAAGCCUGCCAAAGGACAUCUGAGCUGUUGGGAUGGGUUAGGGAUGUAUUCCAACAAUGUGCUCCUGGCUGGGACAGGGAUGCAUUGUUACGAGAACUUGAGUAUGUUUGUAAGAUUUUCCGUCUAAGUGAGGACUCAAAAGGGAGGAAUUUGUUCAGGAGAUGUGAUGAUCUGAUUGAAAGACUAAGAAGUGGUACUGCUCAAUCCAUGAGUCCUAGAGCGCUGCUGCCGGCACUCCAAGAGCUUGAGAUGGAUUUUCCAAAGAUGUCCGAAAAUGAAGAAUUGGGGCGCCUGAUCACUCCACACGAGGCCUGCAAUCGAAUUGCUGAGGUUGUCCAAGAGGCUGUCAGAAAGAUGGAGACCGUGGCUGAAGAGAAGAUGCAGAUGUUCAAGAAGGCUCGCCUCGCGGUGGAUUCCUGCGAGCGUGAGCUGGAGGAGAAGACACGGGAGGCACGGGAGCUCAAGGCGGAGCAGCUGCGUAAGCAGCAGCAGGUGGAGGAGCUGGAGAGCAUGAUCCGGCUGAAGUGUGCUGAGGCCGAGAUGUUCCAGCUGAAGGCCAACGAGGCCCGGCAGGAGGCAGAACAGCUCCAGAGCAUUGCAUUGGCCAAGUCGGAGAAGGCGGAGCAGGACUAUGCGAGCAUGUACCUCAGGCGCCGCCUGGAGGAGGCCGAGGCAGAGAAGCAGUACAUCUUUGAGAAGAUCAAGCUGCGGGAGAACCCGAGGCCGCUGGCAACGGUGCCUCCCCAGGCGAGCAGUAGUGCUGCCACCGCGGCCCCCACCCCUGGCGACUCAUCAGAUAUGAUGAUGCUGUCCAAGAUCCAGGACCUGCUGAAGAACGUCCGCAGCAUGCCGUCUGGCAAGUCGGACGUGCGGCAGUCGAAAUAGCCGGUGAUGCGUGUUUCAUGGGUGAUACUUUCUGCCAUGUAAAUUGAACUAUGCGUCUCAUGAUGUUUCUUUAUUAGUUGCUGCAUAGUUAUACUGAAUUGCAUUGUCGUAUAUUUGCCGUUGUUGUAAUGUAAACUUAGUUUCAUAAUGACAAUGGGGGCUAAAACAAACCAAAUACGCCAUAUCUCUAUAUACUAGAGUGAUAGGCGAGCUUUGUUGUGCCCGUUGAUUGGUGUGAUGAUUUUAUCAAGCAUAUGCAGUAACCGUUGUGAUGA